AUGAGCCCAGCGAGUGUCCUGAAUGAGGUACGUAGUAGCCACGGGGAGAAGCAAGAGAGCUAUUAACCCAUACAAAACCCCUAAACCUAAACCUAACCUAACCCUAGAUAUAUCCCUUAAAAAGCUUAGGUAUAGCCGAUUUUAGCCUUAACCCUAACCCUGAACAGACAGUAACCCUAGCCAUAACCCUAAUUCGAGGGUAUGGUAGCCUGCAACACUUUCAGAAACAAUUUUAGUAAUAAUAUUAUGUUAGUAUAUACCAUUAUAGUACUAAAUAGCAUUUAUUGUAAUUUUUUUAUCAAAACCUAGGUAAGUAUUUGCUGUAAAAAAAAAAAAAAAGUAUUUAUUUUAUGGUAUUUAUUAUUGCAAGGCACUUGAUAAACAAGUAACGUUUUUUAUUUUUUUAUUUCAAAUUUGGUUUGAACUGGGUGUAACCCUAGUAACCUCCAGUUGGCGUUGGGCAGGUUUGAGACUAAUCUCUUGAAUUACUAAGAAAGAUAUUCGUUAUUUCUCAGCUGCUGUAUAAUGUCUUUAUGGUCUGCUGUGAAUUCAUCACUUUUAAAUGCUAAAUAUUUCCAAUAGAUGGCAGCAUAAGACCACGACGCAUCAGUUAUAGACUAUAGCAGCAAUAUGAUUGACAUAAAAUAGCAUGCAAACAAAGACUAUAUGUCCCAUGAUUUUCUAAAAUGGUCACUCACUACUUUACAGUUAGCAUUAGCAUCGAUAAACACUAUAUAUACAAAAGUAUGUGGGCACCCUUUCAAAUUAGUGGAUUCCGCCAUCUUUUGCCACAUCCGUUGCUGACCGGUGUAUUAAAUCGAGCACACAGCCAUGUGAUCUCCAUAGACAAACAUUGGCAGUAGAAUGGCCUUACUGAAGAGCUCAGUGACUUUCAACGUGGCACCGUCAUAGGAUGCCACCUUUCCAACAAGUCAGUUGGUCAAAUGUCUGCCCUGCUAGAGCUGCCCCGGUCAACUGGAAGGGCUGUUAUUGUGAAGUGGAAACGUCUAGGAGCAACAACGGCUCAGCCACGAAGUGGCAGGCCACACAAGCUCACAGAAUGGGACUGCCGAGUGCUGAAGCGCGUAAAAAUCGUCUGUCCUCGGUUGCAACACUCACUCCCGAGUUCCAAACUACCUCUGGAAGCAACGUCAGCACAGGAACUGUUCGCCGGGAGCUUCAUGAAAUGGGUUUCCAUGGCCGAGCAGCCACACACAAGCCUAAGAUCACCAUGUGCAAUGCCAAGCGUCGGCUGGAGUGGUGUAAAGCUCGCCGCCAUUGGACUCUGGAGCAGUGGAAGCGCGUUCUAUGGAGUGAUGAAUCACGCUUCACCAUCUGGCAGUCCGAAGGACAAUUCUGGGUUUGGCGGAUGCCAGGAGAAUGCAACCUGCCUGAAUGCAUAGUGCCAACUGUAAAGUUUGGUGGAGGAGGAAUAAUGGUCUGGGGCUGUUUUUCAUGGUUCGGACUAGGCCGCUUAGUUCCAGUGAAGGGAAAUCUUAACGCUACAGCAUACAAUAACAAUCUAGACGAUUCUGUGCUUCCAAAUUUGUGACAACAAUUUGGGAAGGCCCUUUCCUAUUUCAGCAUGACAAUGCCCCCGUGUACAAAGCGAGGUCCAUACAGAAAUGGUUUGUCGAGAUCGGUGUGGAAGAACUUGACUGGCUUUCACAGAGCCCUGUCCUCAACCCCAUCGAACACCUUUGGGAUGAAUUGGAACGCCGACUGCGAGCCAGGCCUAAUCGCCCAACAUCAGUGCCCGACCUCACUAAUGCUCUUGUGGCUGAAUGGAAGCAAGUCCUCACAGCAAUGUUCCAACAUCUAGUGGAAAGCCUUCCCAGAAGAGUGGAGGCUGUUAUAGCAGCAAAGGGGGGACCAACUCCAUAUUAAUGCCCAUGAUUUUGGAAUGAGAUGUUCGACAAGCAGGUGUCCACAUACUGCUGGUCAUGUAGUGUUUCAUGUUCAACACACACCAACAUAGUGUGAAGACGGCCUCGUCCCCCUCAGGAGGUUGAAAAGAUUUGGCAUGGGCCCUCAGAUCCUCAAAAAGUUCUACAGCUGCACCAUCGAGAGCAUCUUGACUGGCUGCAUCACCGCCUGGUAUGGCAACUGCUUGGCAUCCGACCGUAAGGCGCUACAGAGGGUAGUGCGUACAGCCCAGUACAUCACUGGGGCCAAGCUUCCUGCCACCCAGGACCUCUAUACCUGGUGGUGUCAGAGGAAGGCCCUAAAAAUUGUCAAAGACGCCAGCCACCGAAGUCAUAGACUGUUCUCUCUGCUACCGCACGGCAAGCGGUACCGAUGCACUAAGUCUGGAACCAACAGGACCCUGAACAGCGUCUACCCCCAAUCCAUAGGACUGUUAAAUAUACUAAAUAAAAAUAUAAACGCAACAUGUAAAGUGUUGGUCCCAUGUUUCAUAAACUGAAAUGAAAGAUCUCAGAAAUGUUCCAUACGCACAAAAUGCUUAUUUCUCUCAAAUUUUGUGCACAAAUGUGUUUACAUCCAUGUUAGUGAGCAUUUUCCUUUGCCAAGAUAAUCCAUCCACCUGACAGGUGUGGCAUAUGAAGAAGCUGAUUAAACAGCAUGAUCAUUACACAGGUGCACCUUGUGCUGGGGACAAUAAAAGGCCAAUCUAAAAUGUGCACUUUUGUCACACAACACAAUGCCACAGAUGUCUCAAGUUUUGAGGGAGUGUGCAAUUGGCAGGCUGAUUGCAGGAACGUCCACCAGAGCUGUUGCCAGAGAAUUGAAUGUUAAUUUCUCUACCAUAAGCUACCUCAAACAUCACUUUAGAGAAUUUGGCAGUACGUCCAACCGGCCUCACAACCGCAGACCACGUGUAACCACGCCAGCCCAGGACCUCUACAUCCGGCUUCUUCACCUGCGGGAUUGUCUGUAAUAAAGCACUUUUGUAGGGAAAAACUCAUUCUGAUAGGCUGGGCCUGGCUCCCCUGUGGGUGGGCCUGGCUCCCCAGUGGCUGGGCCUGGUUCCCCAGUGGCUGGGCCUGGCUCCCCAGUGGUUGGGCCUGGCUCCCCAGUGGGUGGGCCUGGCUCCCCAGUGGUUGGGCCUGGCUCCCCCAGUGGCUGGGCCUGGCUCCGGCUCCCCAGUUGCUGGGCCUGGCUCCCCAGUGGUUGGGCCUGGCUCCCCAGUGGCUGGGCCUGGCUCCCCCAAUGGCUGGGCCUGGCUCCGGCUCCCCCAGUGGCUGGGCCUGGCUCCCCCAAUGGCUGGGCCUGGCUCCGGCUCCCCCAGUGGCUGGGCCUGGCUCCCCCAAUGGCUGGGCCUGGCUCCGGCUCCCCCAGUGGGUGGGCCUGGCUCCCCCAAUGGCUGGGCCUGGCUCCGGCUCCCCCAGUGGCUGGGCCUGGCUCCCCAGUGGCUGGGCCUGGCUCCGGCUCCCCCAGUGGGUGGGCCUGGCUCCCCCAAUGGCUGGGCCUGGCUCCGGCUCCCCCAGUGGUUGGGCCUGGCUCCCCAGUGGCUGGGCCUGGCUCCCCAGUGGGUGGGCCUGGCUCCCCCAAUGGCUGGGCCUGGCUCCGGCUCCCCCAGUGGCUGGGCCUGGCUCCCCCAAUGGCUGGGCCUGGCUCCGGCUCCCCCAGUGGCUGGGCCUGGCUCCCCCAAUGGCUGGGCCUGGCUCCGGCUCCCCCAGUGGGUGGGCCUGGCUCCCCCAAUGGCUGGGCCUGGCUCCGGCUCCCCAGUGGCUGGGCCUGGCUCCCCAGUGGUUGGGCCUGGCUCCCCAGUGGCUGGGCCUGGCUCCCCAGUGGCUGGGCCUGGCUCCCCAGUGGGUGGGCCUGGCUCCCCAGUGGCUGGGCCUGGCUCCCCAGUGGCUGGGCCUGGCUCCGGCUCCCCAGUGGCUGGGCCUGGCUCCGGCUCCCCAGUGGCUGGGCCCGUGGCUGCUCCCCUGGCCAAUCGGGAAAUCCAUAGAUUAGGGCCUAAUGAAUUCAUUUCAAAUUGACUGAUUUCCUUAUAUGAACGGUAACUCAGCAAAAUUGUUUCAACUUAAUUUGUGAACGUAUUGUGACAUGGAAAAUACAUUGGACUAGAAAGUCAUCAACGUAAACUGUUGUUUUGAGGAUGAAAUUUCAACCAUCUUGUAUAAAAUAUGUUGAAUUUGUACCUUUGAAACAACGUCAGAUCCUGAGAAUGAUUGUUGAGAAAUCUCCACUUAACGUAUUCACUGUUGCUAUCAAUGUCAUUCCAAAGGGUAGGUUUAACAGAGAAAAUUAAAUGUAUCAAUCAUGUAUCAUCAAUAAUGCUAAAUAGGCCUGUAUAACAUUAGGGAAGUCAUCAACAGGUAUUGUUUCAAUUCAACCCAGGCUUCAACUAAAAAUAAACAAUACAUAUAGGCCUAGGGUUUCAAGCUUCAAGUUAGUAAUGAAUAUGUUGGAAUCACGUCUCAAUUUCAACCAAAAAUCUAAGUGAAAACAUAUGAUUAAAUCAAACUGUAUUUGAAAUACAUUUAAAGAUAUAUUUUGUUUAAUUUGGUCUUUAUUAAAUAACUUAGAUUUUUGGUUGAAAUGGAAAUGUGAAUCCGACAUAUCAGUUAUUAAUCUGUAGACAAAAUUAAAUUAAAGGCCAGACUCAGUGGUUCAGAUGGAACUAUCCAAGGAAAUGUUGAUAUUUUGUUGCGUUGACAACCAAACACAAUUCAAUAUCACUUUUGCAAUACAGUAAAUAGCCUAUUAACUUGUUGACCAGUUAUCAAAUGAUAUGUUGGAUUCAGGUCUCCAUCUCAACCAAAAAUCCAAGUUAAAGGAUAGGAUUAAGCCAAUGGCUCAGGUGGAACUAGCCAAGCAGUAGAUACAUCUCCUUUAAAUGUUGAUAUUUGAUGUAACAGCAUUGCUAGGUUCUAAUUUCUGGUACGAGAAUCCAGACGGACUCAGAGAAAUGCUCAAGCUACAUUUAUUCACACACUAGUUUUUUGCAAAAGCACCAUACUGGUCGCAUAUUUAUACCCUACGACUCGGCCCCCCCAUUCCGACUAGGAUGAACUAUCAGUCUCUGUUGCUGGGCAGGAACUGAGUCUGUUCCUCAUGUUGGUGUUACUGUAAAAGUAUAACGUCAUAAAAAAAAAAAUAGUAUGCAAGUAUAAACACCAUGGGACCACGCAGCCGUCAUACCGCUCAGGAAGGAGACGCGUUCUGUCUCCUAGAGAUGAACGUGCUUUGGUGCGAAAAGUGCUAAUCAAUCCCAGAACAACAGCAAAGGACCUUGUGAAGAUGCUGGAGGAAACAGGUACAAAAGUAUCUAUAUCCACAGUAAAACGAGUCCUAUAUCGACAUAACCUGAAAGGCCGCUCAGCAAGGAAGAAGCCACUGCUCCAAAACCGCCAUAAAAAAGCCAGACUACGGUUUUGCAACUACACAUGGGGACAAAGAUCGUACUUUUUGGAGAAAUGUCCUCUGGUCUGAUGAAACAAAAAUAUAACUGUUUGGCCAUAAUGACCAUCGUUAUGUUUGGAGGAAAAAGGGGGACGCUUGCAAGCUGAAGAACACCAUCCCAACCGUGAAGCACGGGGGUGGCAGCAUCAUGCUGUGGGAGUGCUUUGCUGCAGGAGGGACUGGUGCACUUCACAAAAUAGAUGUCAUCACGAGGAAGGAAAUGUAUGUGGAUAUAUUAAAGCAACAUCUCAAGACAUCAGUCAGGAAGUUAAAGCUUGGUCGCAAAUGGGUCUUCCAAAUGGACAAUGACCCCAAGCAUACAUCCAAAGUUGUGGCAAAAUGGCUUAAGGACAACAAAGUCAAGGUAUUGGAGUGGCCAUCAUAAAGCCCUGACCUCAAUCCUAUAGAAAAUGUGUGGGCAGAACUGAAAAAGCAUGUGCGAGCAAGGAGGCCUACAAACCUGACUCAGUUACACCAGCUCUGUCAGGAGGAAUGGGCCAAAAUUCACCUAACUUAUUGUGGGAAGCUUGUGGAAGGCUACCCGAAACGUUUGACCCAAGUUAAACAAUUUAAAGGCAAUGCUACCAAAUACUAAUUGAGUGUAUGUAAACAUCUGACCCACUGGGAAUGUGAUGAAAUAAAUAAAAGCUGAAAUAAAUCAUUUUCUCUACUAUUAUUCUGACAUUUCACAUUCCUAAAAUAAAGUGGUGAUCCUAACUGACCUAAGACAGGGAAUUUUUACUAGGAUUAAAUGUCAUUAAUUGUGAAAAACUGAGUUUAAAUGUAUUUGGCUAAGGUGUAUGGAAACUUCCGACUUCAACUGUAUAUUCUUUGCGUCGGACUCAUUAACGGAAAACUCUUCGUCCAGUUCGAGGUGAGUAAUCGCUGUUCAGAUAUACAGAAGCUAUUUUCGGUCAUAAGAGACGGUGGCAGAAACAUUAUGUACAAAAUAAGUUAUAAACAAUGCGAAAAAACCUACAAAAUAGCACAGUUGGUUAGGAGCCCUUAAAACAGCAGAAAUCCCCUCCGGUAUAUCACCAAUGAUUCAUAUUUGUUCAUGUUUAAGUGACAUUUGCAUUAAAUGUUGGUUUGUUCCAAGGUCAAAUAAAUGACCCCGACGUGAAUCACUGUAUAUGGAAUACAUACAGUGCAUUUUGAAAGUAUUCAGACCCCUUGACUUUUUCCACAUUUUGUUAGAUUACAGCCUUAUUCUAAAAUGUAUGAAAUUAUUUCCCCCCCUAAUCAAUCCAUACACAACACCCCAUAAUGACAAAGCAAAAACACGUUUUUAGAACAUUUUGCAAAUGUAUUAAAAAUACAAAAAUUAAAUAAAACAUUCACAUACGUAUUCAGAGGCUUUACCCUUUACUUGUUGAAGCACCUUUGGCAGUGUUUACAGCCUCAAGUCUUCUUGGGUAUUACGCUACAAGCUUGGCACACCUGUAUUUGGGGAGUUUCUCCCUUUCUUCUCUGCAGAUCCUCUCAAGGUCUGUCAGGUUGGAUGGGGAGCGUCGCUGCACAGCUACUUUCAGGUCUCUCCAGAGAUGUUCGAUCGGGUUCAAGUCCGGGCUCUGGCUGGGCCACUCAGGGACAUUCAGAGACUUGUCCCGACGUCACUCCUGCGUUGUCUUGGCUGUGUGCUUAGGGUCAUUGUCCUGUUGGAAGGUGAACCUUCGCCCCAGUCUGAGGUCCUGAGCGCUCUGGAGCAGAUCUCUCUGUACUUUGCUCUGUUAAUCUUUCCCUCGAUCCUGACUAGUCUCCCAGUCCCUGCCGCUGAAAAACAUCCCCUCAGCAUAAUGCUGCCACCACCAUGCUUCACCGUAGGGAUGGUGCCAGGUUUCCUCCAGACGUGAAGCUUGGCAUUCAGGCCAAAGAGUUCAAUCUUGGUUUCAUCAGACCAGAGAAUCUUGUUUCUCAUGGUCUGAGAGUCUUUAGGGGCCUUUUGGCAAACUCCAAGUGGGCUGUCAUGUGCCUUUUACUGAGGAGUGGCUUCUGUCUGGCCACUCUACCAUAAAGGCCUGAUUGCUGGAGUGCUGCAGAGACUGUUGUCCUUCUGGAAGGUUCUUCCAUCUCCACAGAGGAACUCUGGCACUCUGUCAGAGUGACAAUCGGGUUCUUGGUCACCUCUCUGACCAAAGCUUUCGGAGCCAUCAUCGACUCAUUUGGUUUUGUCCAACAUGUCUCCGGACCUACUCAUUGCCACAGUCAUACCCUGGAUCUAGUUUUGUCCCGUGGAAUAAAUAUUGUGGAUCUAAAUGUUUUUCCUCAUAACCCUGGACUAUCGGACCACCAUCUUAUUACGUUUGCAAUCGCAACAAAUAAUCUGCUCAGACCCCAACCAAGGAACAUCAAAAGCCGUGCUAUAAAUUCUCGGACAACACAAAGAUUCGUAGAUGCCCUUCCAGACUCCCUCCACCUACCCAAGGACGUCAGAGUACAAAAAUCAGUUAAUGACCUAACUGAGGAUCUACAUUUAAACUUGCGUAAAACCCUAGAUGCAGUCGCACCUCUAAAAACUAAAAACAUUUGUCACAAGAAACUAGCUCCCUGGUAUACAGAAAAUACCCGAGCCUCCAGAAAAUUGGAACGGAAAUGGCGCUCCACCAAACUGGAAAUCUUCCUACUAGCUUGGAAAGAAAGUACAGAGCAAUAUCGAAGAGCCCUCACUGCUGCUCGAUCACCCUAUUAUUCCAACCUAAUUGAGGAUAAUUAAUCAUUAUAUUUGAUACUGUCACAAAGCUAACUAAAAAGCAGCAUUCCCCAAGAGAGGAUGACUUUCACUUCAGCAGUGAUGAAUUCAUGAACUUCUUCGACGAAAAGAUCAUGAUCAUUGGAAAGCAAAUUCUGCGUAUUUCUCCAAAGCUCAGCUGUCCUGAGUCUGCACAAAACUGCCAGGACCUGGGAUCAAUGGAGACACUCACAUUUUGAAAUCCUGUAUCUCUUGACACAUUCAUGAAAAUAGUAAUGGACUCUAAACCUUCAAGCUACAUACUGGACCCUAUUCCAACUACACUACUGAAAGAGCUACUUCCUGUGCUUGGCCCUCCUAUGUUGAACAUAAUUAAAGGCUCCCUAUCCACUGGAUGUGAACCAAACUCAAUAAAAGUGGCAGUAAUAAAGCAUCUCUUGAAAAAGCCAAACCUUGACCCAGAAAAUGUAAAAAACUAUCGGCCUAUAUCGAAUCUCCCAUUCCUCUCAACAUUUAGGAAAAAGCUGUUGUGCAGCAACUCACUGCCUUCCUGAAGACAAAUAAUGUAUAAGAAAUGCUUCAGUCUGGUUUUAGACCCCAUCAUAGCACUGACACUGCACUCGUGAAGGUGGUAAAUUACCUUUUAAUGGCGUCAGACCAAGGCUCUGCAUCUGUCCUCGUGCUCCUAGACCUUAGUGCUGCUUUUGAAACCAUCGAUCACCACAUUCUUUUGGAGAGAUUGGAAACCCUAAUUGGUCUACACAGACAAGUUCUUGCCUGGUUUAGAUCUUAUCUGUCAGAAAGAUAUCAGUUCGUCUCUGUGGAUGGUUUGUCCUCUGACAAAUCAAUUGUACGUUUCGUUGUUCCUCAAGGUUCCGUUUUAGGACCACUAUUGUUUUCACUAUAUAUUUUACCUCUUGGUGAUGUCAUUCGGAAAUAUAAUGUUAACUUUAAUUGCUAUGUUUCGAUGAAACAUGGUGAAGCCAAAAAAUUGCCUUCCCUGGAAGCCUGUGUUUCAGACAUAAGGAAGUGGAUGGCGGCAAAUGUUUUACUUUUAAACUCAGACAAAACAGAGAUGCUAGUUCUAGGUCCCAAGAAACAAAGAGAUCUGCUGUCGGAUCUGACUAUUAAUCUUGAUGGUUGUACAGUCGUCUCAAAUAAAACUGUGAAGGACCUCGGCGUUACUCUGGACCCUGAUCUCUCUUUUGACAAACAUAUCAAGAAUAUUUCAAGGACAGCUUUUUUCCAUCUUCGUAACAGAAAUCUGAAAAUUGUUGUCCAAAAAUGAUGCAGAAAAGCUAAUCCAUGCUUUUGUCACUUCUAGAUUGGACUACUGCAAUGCUCUACUCUCCGGCUACCCGGAUAAAGCACUAAAUAAACUUCAGUUAGUGCUAAACACGGCUGCUAGAAUCCUGACUAGAACCCAAAGAUGUGAUCAUAUUACUCCAGUGCUAGCCUUUCUACACUGGCUUCCUGUUAAGGCUAGGACUGAUUUCAAGGUUUUACUGCUAACCUACAAAGCAUUACAAAGACUUGCUCCUACCUAUCUCUCUGAUUUGGUCCUGCCGUACAUACCUUCACAUACGCUACAGUCACAAGACGCAGGCCUCCUUACUGUCCCAAGAAUUUCUAAGCAAACAGCUGGAGGCAGGACUUUCUCCUAUAGAGCUUGACACAUUCAUGAAAAUAGUCAUGGACUCUUAACCUUCAAGCUACAUACUGGACCCUAUUCCAACUAAAAUACUGAAAGAGCUACUUCCUGUGCUUGGCCCUCCUAUGUUGAACAUAAUAAAUGGCUCCCAACCACUGUGAUUAUUAUUUGACCCUGCUGGUCAUCUAUGAACGUUUGAACAUCUUGGAUAGAAAUCUGGCCUUAAUGGCCAUGUACUGUUAUAAUCUUCACCCAGCACAGCCAGAAGAGGACUGGCCACCCCUCUACCGAUUUUUACAGAUGGCUCCAAGGACCCAGAUAAUGGUUGUAUAGGAGUAGGAGUCCUGAACUUGAUGUGUCGAAGACUAGCAGAUGAACUGUCUGUAUACUCUGAUGGUGAUAGAAGCAGCCCUCCAGUGGGUGGAGGAUGUUCAACCUGUCAGAAUUAUAGUGUGCUCACAUUCCCUCUCUGUAUUGAAUAGCUUAUAAUCCUGUAAAUCUAAUAGGAGUGACCUACUAUUGGAGGCAUUAAUGUUAUUAUGGAGAAUCGGGAGACUGAGUGUAGUAGUGUGAUUCUGCUGAGUCCCAGCCUUCUAUAGUAGACCAGGAGUCCCAGCCUUCUAUAGUAGACCAGGAGUCCCAGCCUUCUAUAGUAGACCAGGAGUCCCAGCCCUCUAUAGUAGACCAGGAGUCCCAGCCUUCUCUAGUAGACCAGGAGUCCCAGCCUUCUAUAGUAGACCAGGAGUCCCAGCCUUCUAUAGUAGACCAGGAGUCCCAGCCUUCUAUAGUAGACCAGGAGUCCCAGCCCUCUAUAGUAGACCAGGAGUCCCAGCCUUCUAUAGUAGACCAGGAGUCCCAGCCUUCUAUAGUAGACCAGGAGUCCCAGCCUUCUAUAGUAGACCAGGAGUCCCAGCCUUCUAUAGUAGACCAGGAGUCCCAGCCUUCUCUAGUAGACCAGGAGUCCCAGCCUUCUAUAGUAGACCAGGAGUCCCAGCCUUCUAUAGUAGACCAGGAGUCCCAGCCUUCUAUAGUAGACCAGGAGUCCCAGCCUUCUAUAGUAGACCAGGAGUCCCAGCCCUCUAUAGUAGACCAGGAGUCCCAGCCUUCUAUAUUAGACCAGGAGUCCCAGCCUUCUAUAGUAGACCAGGAGUCCCAGCCUUCUAUAGUAGACCAGGAGUCCCAGCCUUCUAUAGUAGACCAGGAAUCCCAGCCUUCUAUAGUAGACCAGGAGUCCCAGCCUUCUAUAGUAGACCAGGAGUCCCAGCCUUCUAUAGUAGACCAGGAGUCCCAGCCUUCUAUAGUAGACCAGGAGUCCCAGCCUUCUAUAGUAGACCAGGAGUCCCAGCCUUCUAUAGUAGACCAGGAGUCCCAGCCUUCUAUAGUAGACCAGGAGUCCCAGCCUUCUAUAGUAGACCAGGAGUCCCAGCCUUCUAUAGUAGACCAGGAGUCCCAGCCUUCUAUAGUAGACCAGGAGUCCCAGCCUUCUAUAGUAGACCAGGAGUCCCAGCCUUCUAUAGUAGACCAGGAGUCCCAGCCUUCUAUAGUAGACCAGGAGUCCCAGCCUUCUAUAGUAGACCAGGAGUCCCAGCCUUCUAUAGUAGACCAGGAGUCCCAGCCUUCUAUAGUAGACCAGGAGUCCCAGCCUUCUAUAGUAGACCAGGAGUCCCAGCCUUCUAUAGUAGACCAGGAGUCCCAGCCUUCUAUAGUAGACCAGGAGUCCCAGCCUUCUAUAGUAGACCAGGAGUCCCAGCCUUCUAUAGUAGACCAGGAGUCCCAGCCUUCUAUAGUAGACCAGAGUCCCAGCCUUCUAUAGUAGACCAGGAGUCCCAGCCUUCUAUAGUAGACCAGGAGUUCCCAUAGACCAGGAUCCCACUUCUAUAGUAGACCAGGAGUCCCAGCCUUCUAUAGUAGACCAGGAGUCCCAGCCUUCUAUAGUAGACCAGGAGUCCCAGCCUUCUAUAGUAGACCAGGAGUCCCAGCCUUCUAUAGUAGACCAGGAGUCCCAGCCUUCUAUAGUAGACCAGGAGUCCCAGCCUUCUAUAGUAGACCAGGAGUCCCAGCCUUCUAUAGUAGACCAGGAGUCCCAGCCUUCUAUAGUAGACCAGGAGUCCCAGCCUUCUAUAGUAGACCAGGAGUCCCAGCCUUCUAUAGUAGACCAGGAGUCCCAGCCUUCUAUAGUAGACCAGGAGUCCCAGCCUUCUAUAGUAGACCAGGAGUCCCAGCCUUCUAUAGUAGACCAGGAGUCCCAGCCUUCUAUAGUAGACCAGGAGUCCCAGCCUUCUAUAGUAGACCAGGAGUCCCAGCCUUCUAUAGUAGACCAGGAGUCCCAGCCUUCUAUAGUAGACCAGGAGUCCCAGCCUUCUAUAGUAGACCAGGAGUCCCAGCCUUCUAUAGUAGACCAGGAGUCCCAGCCUUCUAUAGUAGACCAGGAGUCCCAGCCUUCUAUAGUAGACCAGGAGUCCCAGCCUUCUAUAGUAGACCAGGAGUCCCAGCCUUCUAUAGUAGACCAGGAGUCCCAGCCUCCUUAGUAGCCAUAUUAGACCAGGAGUCCCAAGCCUUCUAUAGUAGACCAGGAGUCCCAGCCUUCUAUAGUAGACCAGGAGUCCCAGCCUUCUAUAGUAGACCAGGAGUCCCACCUUCUA